AUGGCCGGGGCUUCAACUACGACAGCGACAGAUGCAGAGCUUGAAAAGCUUCUCAGUCGCGAGGCGUCCGCUUUCCAACGCGAAGUCGAAGUCGAGCGCAUCCUCAAGGCCUUCAAGCUCAACCCAUACGAUAUUCUCGAUCUCGAUGAGACGGCAACCCCGGAGAUGGUAAAAAAGAAAUACCGACAGCUCUCCCUCUUCAUCCAUCCUGACAAGACCCCCCACGCCCGCGCGCCAGAAGCCUUCGACAUUCUCAAAAAGGCGGAAAGCGAACUCGGGGACACGGCCAAACGCGAGGAGCUUGAUGCGACAAUACGACAGGCUCGUAACCUCGUGCUCAAGGAUCUUGGUCUACCACCGGCAACACCUGCUGACAGCCCCAAGCUCAUGGACCUGAAGCCGCCUUUCAAAGAGCAGUUGCGAACCAAGUCCAGGGAGCUGCUCAUUGAUGAGGAGGUUCGUCGACGAAAAGCCGUCAAGAUGAACCUUGCGAACGAGGGGUUGGAAGCUCGCAAGAAGGAAGAAGAGGUGAACUCCCGGAAGCGCAAGGCCGAAGACGAGGCGAAUUGGGAAGCAAAUCGAGAACAACGCGUGGGCAGCUGGAGAACCUUUGCGAAGACGACCACCAAGAAGAAAAAGAAGAAGGUCGAGGUACUAGGCUAA